UCCACCCAUCAAAGCGUGAAUUGUUGACAUGGCAACACGAAACCAUAACAAAAAGUGAGGAAAUUCGUUUGAAUUCCUUAAUGUCAGAAUUUGACCAUUGGAGUGCAAUGUGAUCGAGGAAAUUUCUAGGAGGUGUGCAGAGAAAUUUAAGUAAGUAGUGGUGACACCAUGGAUCAGAAUAUUCCGGCGAAGAGCGAAGAGUUCAAUGGGAGGAAUUCGACCGACAUCCCCUCACAUGGGACGGUCCCCAAGUGGUUGGAGGAAAUAUCCCAGAAAAUAGCUCAGAGUCACAACAGUCGCGUCGAGAAAAGCAAGGGUUUGUCCUAUAGCCUCGAUGUGCGGAAUUUUUUCGAAGGGUUAGAUGCCCGCAACCGGAGACACGAGUCGUCCUCAGCCAAAUACGGUCGCAGAUCGUCCCUCGCUUCCCACUUACUUGACGAAAAAACCGUCGCUGUGACCCAAUCCGAGUACCUAAUCCCGCGCCUGGACGAGAAAUUCGACUGGAACAAGUCCCUAAACCGGGAACAGCUCGAUCUCGAAAAAUCGUGGAAAAGCCUCGACCACUUCAAGCAGUCGCACAAGGGGCGUCUCGACAGUGCCAAAAAUUUCGCUCUAGACCCGAAGCUGGAUUUCGAUUCGGUUUUGUCGCCGAUUUCCGACGAGCUGGGUUCGUACAACCCCUCGCUUUUAGACCAAACUGUGCCAAACCGCAGCCACAGCGAAAUGUCCAAUUACCGGUACGACCCGCUGUUUGAGAAAAAAUUGUCCGAGUAUCAGCUCAAAGUGGACAAGGAGAAUAAGCUGCGCGAGGAGAUCAUUUCGGAGCUUUUGGCCGAAAACGAGCGCAUUAGCGAACGCCUCAAGCGGCACAGUUUGGAGCGCGAGCCCGAAGGGCCCACGCUUUUUAAAUACAACUCCAAGUACAAGAGCAAAAGCUCGAAAGUGAAAGUCGCGAAAGAGAGUGUUUUUAUUAUUCCGGAGCUGCCCUCCGGGCGCACGUUACUUAUCGACAUUUUGACCACGUGGGGGGACAAACACUACGUGGGUUUGAACGGGAUUGAGAUUUUCGGGCUUGAUGGCAAGUUGGUCAAAGUGAAAAAAAUCACAGCUGUUCCUCCCGAUGUUAACGUUCUACCGGAGUGUAACGCUGACCCUAGAGUUGUUACAAAUUUGCUAGACGGGGUGUGCCGGACCCAGGACGAUAUGCACAUUUGGCUGGCGCCCUUUGAGAUGGGUUGUAGUCAUAUUAUCACGAUCGAGUUCGAGAAAGUUGAAACCUUGGCGAUGAUACGGAUUUGGAAUUACAACAAGUCGCGAAUUCAUUCGUACCGAGGUGUCAGAGACAUUGUGAUGUUUCUGGAUGAUACGCCGGUUUUUAAGGGCGAAAUCGCCAAAGCUUGCGGGGGGAUGUUGGGCAGUAUUGAAGCCUUUGGUGAUACGAUUUUGUUUACGACUGAUGAUGAGAUUUUGGAAAGCAUAUCCAAAAACGACUCGUCGUAUUCCUUUCUUACGUCAGGGCCUGCUACCCCGACGAUUAUGGAACGACCCCCAACUUCCGCCUUAAUUUCGGACAUGCGUCCCGUAACCGGACCUGCCACCAAAGGCUCCCCCACGGACCAAAUCUUGCUGGGGGCUAGUCAGAUCGAACUUGUGCUUUUAUCCAACUGGGGCCACCUCACAACGAUCGGACUGACCGGAUUCGAGCUGGUCCAAGGCAACGACACAGUCAUCAACAUCAAACAGAACAAUUUAACGUGUAAUAUAAAAAGCGAGACUUGUCCUUUAUCGAACUUAAUCGACGGAGUUAAUAUUACAAAUAAUGAAACAAAUAUGUGGUGCGUUCCGUUUGAAUUCGGCGAAGAAGUCGUAAUUCGGAUGGACUUUGACGACUUUAAGUACGUGUCGGGGAUCAGAAUUUGGAACUAUAACAGCAGUUUGGAGACUUCUUACGCUGGGGUCCGGGCUUUGAAAAUCCUUCUGGACGGGAAACCGGUCAAAAAUCCCGUGACCAAAAACGAGAUCUUUAUUCUACGCCGAGCGCCCGGAAAUCAGCAUUAUGACUACGUCCAGGAUAUUAAAUUUGUCGAAGACUUGGCUGUGGGGGACGUCCAUGACGAGUUACCGUCUUUGCUGGACCAAGACGAGUUCUACGAACCCUCGGCCAUGCCGGAGGGUUUUGUCAUCCAGUUGAUUGUGUUUUCAACGUGGGGGGACCAAUACUACUGCGGUUUGAACGGCUUAGAGUUGUACAACCAGUACGGACGGAGGAUUUUGCUAGAUGAGCAGAAUAUUUGCGCGUAUCCUGAAAGUGUAAACUCGCUGCCGGAGCUGGUAGGGGACGUCAGGACCCCCAAUAAGCUCAUUGAUGGGGUAAAUAAUGACCAUACGGGGUCGCACUCGUGGCUAGCCCCCAUUAUACCCAAGCAUUUGAACCGGAUUUAUGUCGUCAUGGACGAACCGAUUGUUGUUUCAGUGAUCAAGUUGUGGAAUUAUUCCAAGACACCGAGGAGGGGGAUUAAGGAGUUUGGGAUUUUGGUGGACGAUUUAUUGGUUUACAACGGAACUUUGGGAAAGUAUUCGGUUAGUAAAGAUGGGUACCAGACUGUGGUUUUCACGGAAAAUGAGGCCAUUUUGGGGGAAGAGUAUGGCGCUGUCUUAAGAAACAGCGCUUUCUCUCAAGAUGUUGUUUUGUUGGACCAGGACGUGAGGACCACAACGGGGGGUUCUCUCCCAGAAGCAGAUCCAGCCUUAAGGCCCUUUACCUCAGUUAAUUUGUACGAUAGGGGAUACACCUCAUACUAACCAUUAUUUGUACUUUUGUAGAUACAUGUCAAGUUUUAAUGUCUGAUUUUUGUAAAGCUGCAUUUGUGUAUUUAUUUCAGUUUAAUGGAAUAAAGACAAUUUUUCAAAAGAA